AUAUAGAUUUAGCUCCCACUAAUUCAAUCCACUAACUUAUAAGAGUACUUUUUACUCUUCACUCCACUAACUUACACUUCUUAUAUUUCACUCCAUAAAUUUACGGUUAUUACUCUGUACUCCAAUAACCCAUUAUCAUAAUAUACAUAAUCACAAUUUUUAGGCUUCAACAUUUUCUUCUCUUAGAGGGAAGUUAAGAAUCACAAAGACAAAAAAGGACCCAAUAGCAAUAGAACAUGAAAAUGAAAAUGAAAAAAGUCAAGGGAAGGUAGAGAUGUAGAAAAAUAAGGUAGCGUAUUAUAAUUAAUAGGAAUAUGACCAACAAGUGUUGAACUAGAAAAAGCGUCAAUUGAUAAGCGCCGAAUAAUCACAACACAUUUUCUAUUAAAAAAAAAACAAUAAAAGAAACGAAACACCACAAUCUCCCAUUUCCGCAUUUUCUCUCUCUCUCUCUCUCUCCUCCAUUCUCUCUCUCUUCAAGUUUCAACAAUGGAAUUUUUGCCCUUCGCCGGGAUCCACGUUUCUCGAUCACUUCAAUCCACCAUUUUUACAGCCGUAUCCCCUCCUCCCUCUCUUUAGCCGCUAUUUUCGAUCUUCCUUUUUCUUUUGCCUGAGAAUUUUUGUAUGCAUUCAGAAAGGAUAUUGUGAAUUUGGGUUGUUGAUUUGAGUUGAUUUAUUCGUUUUGGUAAGGGUGGAAAAGGGGAGUAAAACCCUAAAAGAUGUCGUCGAGAGGCGAUCAUCAAACUGUUCCUUUAUCAGUGUUGUUGAGAAGGGAGCAAAAUAGUGAGAGAAUCGAGAAUCCAGAACUUUCUUAUGGUCAAGCUAAUCAAAGCAAAAAAGGCGAGGAUUUCACGCUUCUUAAGACUGAAUGCCAACGUAUUGUUGGCGAUGGUAUUACCACUUUUUCGGUUUUCGGGCUGUUUGAUGGACAUAAUGGAACUGCAGCUGCUAUAUAUGCCAAAGAGCAUCUUUUAAGUAAUGUUUUAGGUGCAAUACCCACGGAUCUUAAUCGAGAUGAUUGGGUAGCGGCUCUUCCCAGGGCUUUGGUGGCUGGAUUCGUCAAAACUGAUAAAGAUUUUUUGGAGAAAGGACAAGCAUCGGGAACUACUGUUACCUUUGCGAUUAUUGAAGGAUGGUCUAUAACUGUAGCAUCAGUUGGGGACUCGCGUUGUAUACUUGAAUCUGCUGAGGGUGAUAUAUUUUGUUUAUCAGCUGAUCACAGGCUUGAGAGCAAUGAGUCGGAGAGGGAACGUGUUACCGCUUGUGGGGGUGAGGUUGGUCGGCUUAACACUGGUGGUGGAACGGAGAUUGGUCCAUUGAGAUGCUGGCCUGGUGGCUUGUGUCUAUCUCGAUCCAUUGGAGACAAGGAUGUUGGCGAGUUUAUUGUUCCAGUUCCUUAUGUGAAACAAGUGAGGCUGUCAACUGCCGGUGGUAGGCUUAUUAUUGCCAGUGAUGGUGUGUGGGAUAUUUUAAGUUUUGAAUCAGCGCUUGAUUGUUCCCGCACAAUGUCAGCAGAGGCAGCAGCUGCUCAAAUAGUGAAGGAAGCGGUACAGUUGAAGGGUCUCAGGGAUGAUACAACCUGCAUUGUUGUUGAUAUUUAUCAAGCUGAGAAGAAUCUUCCUCCUAUACCUCCCCCGAAAAAAGCAGGAAAAGGGGUAUUCAAAGCCAUGUUCCGGAAAAAGUCAACUGAGUCAACUUCUCAUGCUGAAAAAGAGUAUAUAGAACCAGAUGUGGUUGAGGAAAUGUUUGAAGAUGGAUCUGCGUGUCUUAUGAGAAGGCUUGACACCAAGUAUCCACUUUGCAAUAUGUUCAAGUUGUUCAUGUGUGCAAUAUGUCAAGUUGAGAUAAAACCGGGAGAUGGUAUUUCAAUACAUUCUGGUUCAUCCAAUCGGAAAGCUCGGCCUUGGGAUGGCCCUUUCUUGUGCCAAAGUUGCCAGGAAAAGAGAGAAGCAAUGGAAGGGAGAAGACCGUCUGGAAAUAGAUAUCACAGCGACAGCGACUAGCUGACAAUAAUAUCGGAAACCACUCAGCAUCUUUCAGUUAUUCCAAUCUGAUGCCAGUAAUGAAAAAAAGUAAAACGGAGGUUUAUCUGUUGGUCGAAUAUAUCUCCUUCGAAUCACAAUCGAGUUGAAGCAUUACUGUCUGCUUGGAUACGUUCGUUCCCCGUUUGUUGUUUCAUGUCACAGUAUAUCAUAUUAGAAGUGGCUAACCUAAUUUAGCAUCGACUUCUGAUCGGUGAGUAUUUAAAGUAUCUGUCGAUUACGUGAGCCUCCCCUCCCUUCCCUCAGAAGUUAAGUGCAAAUCUCUUCGUGCUUCGAUUGCUGCUAGGCCGAAGGAAGGGAGUCGGUAUGUUUCUGCUUCCAUGGACAAAUGCAGCUGUAUACAUUCAUACAAAGGAUUCCCAGUGUAUUAUUGUGAAAAGGGCAUUCUGUUGUAAUAUCUAAUACAGAUUUAAGGACAUACACAUAAUUCUUUAUAGAUCAGAAUUGUUGGGAGAUUUCCUCUACCCAUUUAUUAAAAUAUAGCAUUUUCUAAUGCAAAUUAAUUUAAUAUUUUUUUAUAUUAAAAUUUAGAUCUCUUUAGUCCUAGUGCAUGUUUGCUCAUCUGCAGCUGUCAACCAUAUUAAUGGUGAAUGUAAUCUACUAUUGUAUUGUGUUAUGUGAGGUGGCUGUCGGCUUGUACAUGUGCAAUCAUUGUUUUUCCUUUUUAAACUUCCUAUGUUUUUUAUUUUUAAUAGUUGGUACAUUUUUGUUUUUCACGUUAUUUAAUGCUUAA